AUGCCAUGGUUUGGCACUAGGAUUGAUACCCAGGGGCCGUUGACAUUCAGAGAUGUGGCCAUAGAAUUCUCUCUGGAGGAGUGGAAAUGCCUGGACCCUGCACAGCAGACUUUGUACAGGAAUGUGAUGAUGGAGAACCACAGAAACCUUGUUUCCCUGGGCCUUGAUGUCUCUAAACCAGACCUGAUCAUGUGUCUGAAGCGAAGGAACAAGCCCUGGAAUGUGAAGAGACACAACAUGUUAGAGAAACCCACAGAGUCUCACUCUGUCACCCAGACUGGAGUGCAGUAG